UUUGCAAUGUGUCUUCCUACUAGGAUUUCCCUAUUGCUAGUUGCUAGCUGCCUUGCACUGUUUACUGUCGAAGCGAGCCAGCGCUCGUUGGCUAAUAGAUCCGGCAAAGUCCUUGCAGAUCCGACAGAAACAGAGAUACAUGACCUACAAGAGCGAGAGCAUGAGCAAGUAGCUGAACAAAUCGGAGAAGAGGUGUUAAAUCUAUUAAAAGAACUGAAAGAGCCAAAACAUUGUGGACUUCGGCAAUUCCAAUGCCGCGACCAGAAACAAUGUAUCGACGACUGGGCUCGCUGCGAUGGCAACUACGAUUGUACUGAUCUGUCAGAUGAAGACGAAAAUGAUUGCCGAAAUUACACUUGUCACAAAGGAUUAUUGAAAUGCGCCAACCAGCGACAAUGCAUUGCAGAAGAGUGGAUGUGUGACUUGUACGUUGACUGUAGAGAUGGCUCCGACGAAGUGCAUAAAACUUGUGAAGAACAGGAAUGUGCUCCAGGUCUCAUUAAAUGUGACGGUAAUGUACAGUGUUAUGAAAGGAGAUGGACGUGUGAUGGUGUCCUCGAUUGUGCCAGCGGUUCGGACGAGAAAAACUGCCAUGCCUACGAGUGCGAGGAAGGUUGGCAGAAGUGUGCAGAUGGUAAACAGUGUAUCAACAGCUCGUGGAUUUGCGAUGGUAAACAAUACUGUGCCGACGGCAGUGAUGAACAACUAUGUGCUGCUGAACUUAAAGAAGAGUUAAACUGGAGCUUGUGUUUGAUUGGCGUAUCAGUGCCAUGUGACAACGGACUUCAUUGUUAUCUGGAAAAACUACAGUGCGACGGAAAGGAGGCGUGUAGUGACGGCAGUGACGAGUGGAAUUGUGAGGAAUACAAAUGUCCAUCUGAGAUGGUAAAGUGCAUGGAUGGCAAGCAGUGCAUCUACUUGGAAUGGCUAUGUGAUGGCGAAGUACAAUGUCAUGAUGGAAGUGAUGAAGCAUUCUGUGAUUUGACAGGAUCGAGCACUGAGACUAAUGAUGGAGGGUCAUCGGUAGAUGACUACAUGGACUUCGUUGGAAGUACGCGAUAACAACCACCGCCGCCACCACCACCACAGCAAUUAUACAAACCAUUUAAUAUAGAUGUUGCCAGAGACACCGGGAUUUAGACAGCACUGAUAGUACAGAUGCUAACACUAUCUUCCUUAACAUAUCGUUCCAGAAUAUAAAACUAUGAUGUAUUUUGCUUAGGGUAGUAUUUAGAUUACGAGUUUUAUCGAUAAAUAUAUAUUGUAUAUGAUAAGUUUGUACGCAGACUGCACGCAAUAAACAUACAUAGAAUAUUCAUUGUGGUAAUAAAGUCACGCUAUUAAUUAAA